AUUUAUCACAGUAACCCUAUUUCUCUCUUCCUUUUUAGAGCGCCAUGAUCGUGGAGCCAGCGUGUGGAUUCUUCGAUGCGAUGGACAGGGAAUGGGGCUCGCGGCGAGCGAUCACUGGAGCAAUGCGGUGAUCGUAUGAGGAGUCUUCUUCCAACGCGAGAUGCCUUACAGUAGCAAGGAACCGUGUGAGACAAUGGCUAGAGUUUCCAAAGCUCCUAUUGUUGCAUGCUUGACGUGCCCUCUCUGCGGCAAUCUCUUCCGCGAGGCCACGACCAUCUCCGAGUGUCUCCAUACCUUUUGCAAGGAUUGUAUCCACGAUCGAUUCAGUGACGAAGAGACCAACUCUUGUCCAAUGUGCAAUGUUGAUCUAGGAACAGUGCCACUGGAGAAGCUCAGGGCCGAUCCUCAGCUGGAUGAUGUGCAAGCAAAGAUUUUUAAUCUCAAUCCGAAGAAGCGCCCCGCUGCUCCCGUUGCUGCGUCGCCACCCUCGCACACGCCCGCUCGCAGAAAAGAACGGUCGCUGUCCUCACUCGGGGUGACUUCAGUGCCGUCGUCUUCGAGACGCAAGUCGAGAAGGAAAGCUUGGGUGACGGAAUCGAGCGAGAGCUACGAGGAAGAGGAGGACGAUGACGACAACAGCAGCGACGCAGCUGAUGAGUCUCCGGAGGACACCAUGUACUGCUCCGAGACGCUCGACUCGGAUACCAAGUCACCCAUGAGAAGCGGUUCGAAAAGGCAAAGGGCUACUCGUGGCAACUCCGUGGGAAACGCCGAAGCAAAGCAGUCUGGGGGUAGCUUCUUAUCUCCGCUAGCCUGCCUUGCAGAGCUAGCGCAUGCCGACGAGAAGGGCAGGGCCAGCUCGGGGCUCAUGAAGGAGGCUAGAGGCAGAGAAGCCUCGUCACUGAGAGCUACGAAGAAUGUCCGACGGUCGUCACAGGCCAAGGCUGCUGCGAAUGGUGGUGGUGGUUUCAAGUGCCAGACGUUGCCUUCGCCAUCGACUCAAAGCAACGGGCUUUGGUUCACUUUGACAACAACUAACCAAGGCGAGGAGGGCCUUCCACAGAUCAAAUCGCCUUACUUGAGAAUCAAGUACCAGCAUUCCUCGGAUGGAAAAGUUCCAGUCUCCUUCGUGAAGAAGUACUUGGUCAGGAAGCUGGAUUUAAAGAGCGAAUCCGAGGUGGAGAUAACCUGCAAGGGACAGCCAGUAGUCUCAAGCCUGCCCUUGGAGAGCGUUCGAAAGAUCUGGCUCACCAAAGACCAACUCUCGAGCACCCCGGAAGACCGCGCAAGCGCGCUGGGCAAGGACUUCCUCAUGGUCCUGUCCUACGGGAGAAACAGGCGAGCAGCAGCCGUGAGCUAGUGACUGCUCUCAAAUGUGUGUUGUACCUCUAACGACAUCUGAAAAGGCGUGUUUUUAGUUCACUGGGGGCUGGUCUAAAUCACCCAUCGCUGGAGUUUCACACGACCCUGAGAACUGGAAGCUCUUCCUCGUGCAAAGUUGCUGGCUGUGGUGAUAAUUCACGCGUCAUCACCCUGCUGCGUCCAGAUUCGUACGUGCUCGUCGCUUGAAAUAUGCAGCUGCAGUUUCAGGAUGAUGCAUUGCUUAUUAAUCCGCUUAUUUUUUAUGCCACUUUCGUAUUGGAUGAGAACUUGAAAAGCAUAUAUUA